AUGCAACUUGGAUCAGAAGAGCAGAAGGAAAAGUAUCUACCAAAGAUCGUCUCUGAGUGGGUCGGUUCAUUUUGCCUUUCCGAACCUUCUUCCGGAUCUGAUGCCUUUGCUCUGAAAACUGUGGCUAAAGCAGACGGGAAUGACUUCAUCAUUAAUGGAUCCAAGAUGUGGAUCACCAAUGCUGGACAUGCUAGCUUUUUCUUGGUAUUUGCUAACGCUGAGCCAUCCAAGGGUUACAAAGGCAUUACCUGUUUUCUAGUAGACAGAAAUCAGGAAGGAGUUACGGUGGCAAAGAAAGAAGAUAAAUUGGGAAUACGUGCUUCAUCCACUUGCUCGAUCUUCUUCGAGAAUGUCAGAGUGCCGAAAACUGCUAUACUUGGUGAAUAUGGUAAAGGGUAUAAGUAUGCAAUUGAAUGUCUGAAUGCUGGUCGAAUUGGUAUUGGUGCACAAAUGAUUGGCUUGGCUCAGGGCUGCUUUGAUGCCACGAUACCGUAUUUGCAAGAACGAAAGCAGUUCAACUCACGCUUGAUCGAUUUCCAGGGUAUGCAACAUCAAGUUUCCCAAGUCGCUGUAGAGAUUGAGGCAGCCCGAUUGUUGGUCUAUAACGCAGCAAGGAUGAAGGAUAAUAACAUCCCGUUCGUGAAGCAGGCUGCUAUGGCAAAAUUAUAUUCGUCUCAGGUAGCAUCUUCUGCUUCGUCGAAGUGUGUGGAAUGGCUUGGUGGGGUAGGAUUUACAAAAGAAUAUCCCGUGGAAAAAUACUACAGGGAUGCUAAAAUUGGUACUAUAUACGAGGGGACGUCAAAUAUUCAACUGAACACAAUUGCAAAGUUGAUUGAUGCAGAAUAUCAGCACCAUAGCUGA